CUUUCCCCCAUGUCGGAAUGUUUGGUGCUGUGAGAGGUGAUUAAGCUUAUUGUACACUACUCCGUAAGCUUCGACCAACUCUACAAAUCCUUGACCUUCCAACCCAGUCUUGUCUCAAAGUCAAUCUACACCAUGUCUUUACCAACAACAAGAAGGAUAGUGACAGGCCAUGACAACAACGGCAAGGCAAUCAUAACGUCCGAUGCUGUGCUGACUCCUGCCAACCCUCUCGACCCUGAGGGCAAUCCGCCCACUGGGAUCAUCCCAGGGUUUACCAACCUCUACAAGACCGAUGGCAUCCCGGCGAAAGCGCAGACGCCAUUUGUCGACGUCCACGGUAAGAAAAUUGGCCUCGUCGAUCAGUCCGGAGUUUACUGCCGAAUUGUCGAUUUCCCCGCAACCGGCGAUGCAUCGGACAACGUCAACAUCAUGCACCGAACCCAGAGUGUGGACUUUGGUGUAGUGCUGAAGGGAAGCAUCAAGCUCAUUCUCGACGAUGAAGUCGAAACAAUCAUGAAUGAAGGAGACGUGUGUGUUCAAAGGGCGACUAUCCAUGUAAGUUUCUACAGUCACUUGUUGGCUACGUUUACAUUCGACGGACCAGUCCAAUAGUAGGAGCAACAGCUUGUACUUAUCAGCGGUGUUGAAUCUAGGCCUGGAAGAAUAUGACAAACGAGAACUGUCGAAUGUUAUUCGUUCUUGUCCCCUCGGAAUCUGUCGUAAACGAGACUACGGGAGAAGUCUUGGAGAAUUCAUCCACGAAGGCGUUGGAGGAGUGAUGAUGGGAUACCGGGUUGCAGUGCAAAACACCGACACGGCCAAUUCGCUUUAUCUUGUGGAAUGGGAGGCCUUUAACUGUCAUAGGGAGGUAUGAAGCUUUAUCGAGGACACAUAUCGUAUAUCUUCAAUAACCUGGGCUCGAUGGAAUAAGGGGCCUCCCCUAUACUCGUACAGGGUGAAGCUGCCAGCUGAAAGACCACCAGGGUCGAUGAUUCCUUCUAGGGCAAUGGUGAACCAGUUGAUAAGCAAGUCUCGAGAGUAUUAAGAUGGGAUAUUAAAGAUAGAGAGCCUGCGGGC